AUUUAUAACUACUUAUUAACUUUACUGAGUUGAUCACGUAUUCACGUCUGGACGGAGUUAUCUUUAUUCUUCACAAAUAUUAUGUUCAUCUUCAUUUAGAUUUAGACCUAAGCACAAAAUAAUAUUAAUUAAAAUUAUGUUGGGCAUCAAUCUGUUAAGAAAUGUUAGAUAUUUUUCAACCAGUUAUUGUUUAAGAUUAGAUAUGUCCUGGAGAACUUUAAAAAAACUGCCUCUAAACCCAAUGGAUAGAGGUGUUCUUACGGAUGGUGCGGAUUACAUUUUUUUGGAUGGGCGUCCUACCCCAUUCGGAAUGAAACAAAAACGAAAACUUUUGCUUCAAAGAGAAUAUGCUAAAAAAAUUGUUGAACUUAGUGAAAGUUUAGACAUUGCAAAGGAACGGUAUGCGAUGAAAAUUGGAGAAAAAGAUGAAAAGCUAAAACAAGUUUUGAAAAGAAAACUUAAGCCCAAAGGAAAUAAAAAUUCUUUGGACAAAUAGUAUUCAUAUUUUUAUUAUAAUUCAAAAAUAUUUAGGUAGAAAACACAUUUUGUACAGAAAAUUAUAAUUUAAUUC